AUGUCACUUCACUGUUUCUUCGGUGUGGCUAUGCGGCCUGACGGUGUGCCGGUAACUCCACCCAUGCCGCCGAAUAGUUCACUGGUGCUCUCACACUGUGCGCUGACAUCUACCACCACAGGGCCCGUCACGCUGUACGUGCAGAGCCACGAUCAACCCCAUCGCUUUGCCGUUUGUACUCUGUCGCCAAAACACGACAUCUACUACGUUCCGCUGCAGCUUGUCUUCACGCAGAAGGUGUCAUUUAUUUUAGUGGCGGCGGGGGAGAAGCGCCCAGAUGACGGCAGCAAGCAGAAGGUCAGGAAAGAUGGUAAGAAUAGGAAUGGCAAGAAUGCGCACGACACACCGACGUCGCCGGAAAAUGUGGUGCAUCUGACGGGGUACUUUGAGAGUGACGAGGGCCAUCUCGCUAUGGCGAGUGACAACGACGACGAGGACGAUGAGGAUGAUUUGACUGAUUCCGAAGGUUGUGAUGGCGAUGUGAAGCGUGGGGCAGAGGCACGCGGUGCCUCUGGACGCAAACACGGGAAAUUGGGGGGCGAGGGGCAACAAGCUCCACGAAACAGGAGGGACACAUCGAAGACGACAAGCCUCGGCGGGGAGGGAAAUAACGCUGGAAACAAUCAUGCGGGUGCACGCAAGAAGAGAAAGAGGGGGUAA